AUGUCCGCUACAGACAAGCCAUACGGCUGGCACGCCGUGCCCCGAAACCCCGCCAUCGCUCUUCAAGGAAAACCCAACCUCACCGAUCCAAUUCCCUUCUCCACAGCAGACAUCCAGUAUCCCGACACGGAGCUGGUGCGCCAGAGUCUGGCACGCAUGCAGAAGGAGCUCCCAGCUGAGACGCUGAAUCACAGCCUUCGCGUCUAUUAUUACGGCAUGUCAAUCCUCCAGACUCAGUUCCCUCACUGGCUGUCCGAUGGGUGGAUCGAUGCCGAGACCUGGCUACUCGUAUGCCUGUUCCACGACAUCGGUACCACGGAACAAAACCUUCGCUCCACUCACAUGAGUUUCGAUUUCUGGGGCGGCAUCGAGGCCCUGCAAUCACUGCUGGAGUUUGGCGCCGACAAGAGCCAAGCCGAAAGUGUGGCUGAAGCGAUCAUACGCCAUCAAGACCCCGGUGAGACAGGGGAGAUCAGCUCGGUCGGGUUUCUGGUACAAAUCGCCACAUUAUUCGACAAUGCCGGCCAUUUCAGGGAGCUAGUCCAUCCGGAGACUAUCAAGAAUGUCGUGGAAAAGUAUCCGAGGCUCGGGUGGAGUGGGUGCUUCUCCAAGACCAUUAGACAGGAAAUCAGCCUCAAGCCGUGGGCUCACUCGACUGCGAUUGACGGAUUCGUAGAGAUGGUUGAGAACAAUGCCUUGAUGAAAGAGUACGAAUAG